UGAGUUGAUAAGAAGGAGAUGCAAAGCAUUAAAAAAUGGCCGCCAUCACAAAUACUAGUCAACACGAAGAACAACCCUAUUAUUGCAUCUUUGCUGUUUUAUCUGUUUCAUUGUAUGUAUAUAAGCCAAAGUUAUUAAUCUGUGUUCGGACAAGAAGAGAGAUUCUCAGAUUCAUAAUUACAUAGCUCGCCGAAACUGCAGACCUUGUUGUUAUUAGAAAAUGGAGAGCAGCGCCGUUCUUGCAAGCAUUCGACUAAGUUACCCGAUCUACCCUUCCCGCCACUCUUCCCCUCUUCUCUCUCACCCGUCGAGGCCUUCUCUUUCUCUCAAGCUCCAGAAGCAGUUUCCUCUCACCUCCCAGAAUGUUCUGGAAGCCGCUUCUCCUCUCAGGCCUUCUGCCACUCUCUCUAAUUCCUAUAGUGAAACGAUUGAAUUAGCUGACAUAGAUUGGGACAACCUUGGAUUUGGCAUUCAACCUACUGAUUAUAUGUAUAUCAUGAAAUGCCCUCAAGGUGGUACUUUCUCUAAAGGUGAACUAAAGCGUUUUGGGAACAUUGAAUUGAACCCCUCCGCUGGAAUUUUAAACUACGGCCAGGGAUUAUUUGAGGGUUUGAAAGCCUACCGUAAACAAGAUGGGAAUAUUCUCCUCUUCCGUCCUGAAGAAAAUGCUUUGCGGAUGAAGAUGGGCGCGGAGAGGAUGUGCAUGCCAUCACCUACUGUAGAGCAGUUUGUGGAAGCCGUAAAAGAUACUGUAUUAGCAAACAAACGUUGGGUUCCUCCUUCAGGUAAAGGUUCCUUGUAUAUUAGACCUUUGCUAAUGGGAAGUGGAGCUGUACUUGGUCUUGCACCUGCUCCAGAGUACACCUUCCUAAUAUAUGUUUCACCGGUUGGAAACUACUUCAAGGAAGGUUUGGCCCCGAUCAAUUUGAUUGUUGAGAAUGAAUUGCAUCGUGCAACUCCUGGUGGCACUGGAGGUGUGAAGACCAUUGGAAACUAUGCUGCAGUUCUGAAGGCACAGUCUGUAGCAAAAGCCAAAGGCUACUCUGAUGUUUUAUACCUUGACUGUGUAAACAAAAGAUAUUUGGAGGAGGUUUCUUCCUGCAACAUUUUUGUUGUCAAGGGUAACAUUAUUUCAACUCCAGCUAUUAAAGGGACUAUCCUACCUGGCAUUACUCGAAAAAGUAUAAUUGACGUUGCUCGAAGCCAAGGGUUCCAGGUUGAGGAGCGAUUAGUGUCAGUGGAUGAAUUGCUAGACGCUGAUGAAGUCUUCUGCACGGGAACAGCUGUGGUUGUAUCACCUGUUGGCAGUGUUACUUAUCUCGGCAAGAGGGUAUCAUAUGGAGACGGUAUUGGAGUGGUUUCACAGCAACUUUAUACUGUCCUUACGAGAUUACAGAUGGGUCUUACAGAGGAUGAGAUGGAUUGGACUGUUGAGCUGAGAUAAGCACAUGAAGAAUAGCUUGCAGUGCAUCUUUUGUGGAAAACUCAUUGAAUCUCCGAGCUCUGGAAGUUGUUUUUAAAAUUUUGCUUUCACAUUUGAUGAGCUGCUGUAAGAUAGUUACUCUCGUGGGCUAUUGAAUGACUGUAGCAAGAACAUAAAAAACACUUGUACAUUUGUUUAUUUUCUUGCCAGCUGGAGAAGUCGUUAUCAGUGGAUUAGUAGCUUUUAUUUUGGUUGAAAAGUGGGCGUAGAUGCAGCAGAAUAUAUUGAGGCCCCAAACAUGCUCAAUUGGGGUGUGUGCUGGAGUUUUAACUGGUUCACCUUUAAUGCCUUCCCUCUUCAGGACACUAAUCUGAAAAAUGGCUCUCAUGCGUGGAAAAGGUUCAUUUUCCCUUUCGUUAUAACCGUAACGUUGUCGACGAAAUUAAGACCGUUGGUUAGUGGUACCGGCAUAUAUCUUGUUAGAAUCGAGACCAUCAUAUAUUGGUCUCUUCUAUUUGUUGACUAAAUAAACCAACCAUGUAUGCAAUUUGGAGUGACAAACCUAUUAGGCCUCUUAUAUUCAAAUUCCACCCUAUUGAUUACAAACCUAUUUACAAGAGCUCUAUUAGGCCUUUCAAUUGAAAGGUGUAGGGAAAUUCAAAGCUUCUUGUAAUAGAGAUGACAAAAUUUUCCGGAAGGAUCCCU